CUUCCAAGGACUGCAAGGACUCGUCAUAAACGGAACUACCCUAGUUCGUAAACACUCACCAACUCCAAGUGGGCGCGUUUUGCAUGCUUUGUCAGGUCGUAACGCUCGCUAACGUGCUCUUUAAAGGUCUCCCAAAUUCGGAUUCUCUUGCGUCGUUGGGAACUGCUGUCUCGAGUAGGCUCCAUCCGGUCAAUCCAGAUCCGAAGCAUCGCGCGCGCCACGUCUCGCACACUCUCAUCUUUGCCCAAGAGAUCAUCACUUUGCUUGCGCACGACUCGAAGCGGAGAGCUGAAAAAGCUCAACAUGGCCUCAAAGGGACCGCUGAGCCCAUCUACGCUCACCUCGCUGGCGGAGCGAUUCUCGCGGGAAACGCAGCAUCUCGUAACCCUAUACCAGGCAGCGAAAGGGGCAAAGCCAGCGAGCGAUGAGAAGAUUACGGACACGGAUUUCUUGGCGGUCGGGAGCCAGUGGGAUUUAAUACAAGGGGUAGCGAGUUCGUUGCAAGAUGCAUUGCACGAGUCCAGGUCUUCCGCUGCGGAUUCGAAAUCAGACCCAACGGUGGCAAUCCCGCAACAGGUGGCGAAAGUCGAUUCUGUGAUCCGCAAAGUCAUAAAGGCGACACCAAGUGACAGGAGUAAAACCAUCGAAAGCUCAGAGUACGAUUUCAUGAAGGAGGUACUGGCACUACUAAGUACGACGAAGACGGUUGUCCGCUCCGAAACCGCGGCAGCAUUAUCCCGGCAUGGCUCGGAUCAGCAAUUGGCACGGACUGGGGGUCUUAGCAAGUCAACAGCUACCAUGAACGCUUCCGCAUCUGACCUCGCGGACGCUCAACGGGCUGCAUCAGCCGAAGACGUUGCGUCCAAUCCCGGCUCUAAAACCGGCUCAGUGACAUCCCUCCAUCGGCUCUCGGCAUUCGGUGGCUCAGCGGCGAACGUUGGUGCUCCGCCGCCUCCUCCACUGGCCACCAAGCCUCAGCGCUCAUCGCGUGGGGAGGUCACCAGGAAGUCUGCUGGAGAUCUAUCUGCAAUACGUGAAAUCCCCCCGAAGAACGAUAGAGGGAAUACCUCAACAUCACAAAGCUCCGAGAAAAUGGAGGAGACAGCAUCAGUUCCAAGUAGAUUGGAGGAUUCAAAGUCGCAGGAGCUUCAGAAAGGUGUGGAGAAACCCAUCUCGAGCCUCGAGGCGGUUCCUAAAGUGCAUCAGGAACGACCACGACCGCAAGAGCAGCCUAGUGCGUCUGGAAAACCGUCAAGCGGAGACGAUCGUUUAGCGGCACUCAAAGCAAAGAAGAAAGCCAACCGCCAAUCGUUGAUGCACACGCCAUCCGUUCAGAACACUGCAAAAUUUUUCGAGCACAAAAUUGUCGAGGUAUCAGAGUCGGCAAAUGCUCUGAAGAAGCGCCCUGAGACGGAACGUGUGGCUACACCGACCACUCGGCCUGCGGCUGAACAUGUCCUACAGCCGAAAAUUAGCAAAAUAGUGAGCGAGCUGGGAACGCAACUGCCGAGCCCCGGAGCGUCGAGCGCCGGAAAGGGCCGCUCUACACCCGAGGACGCAUCUCGUCGCAAUAUUCCUGCGCCUCGCGGUGUAGUUGACUUGCGACCGACAAAUAAAGUAUCUCAGGCCCGCACGCAAUUUCAAAAGGGGAAUGAUGACAUUGCUUCCAAACGUACGGACAGUUCGCGUAGCGGAGCGGACAAUCUGAAGACGGCUCAAACUCCCCCGGAAGGAACCAGCAAUGCGCAGACCAAAUUUACGUCGACGUCGAAUGUGGCACAACACGAAGCGCCUCGAGAGAAAGAGACACAAGCAGCACAUGCGUCCGCCUACUCCCCGUCAGCCGAUACACCACGUACUGCUGUUGAUCCCGAGGCCCGUUCACCGGAAAGCAAAUCGCAUGACAAGGCGAAUGUCGGAAGUGCAGCGGAGGAUUUGCUGUCGAAAAUCAAGGAGAGCUUCCGUACUGGAUAUCAGGAUGCUGUUCAGCAGGGAAUACAGGAACCUGUGACGGUAAUGCGGGUGGCGACCGAGAAUAGGCCAAGCGGGAUCACAGAUGGGCGUGAUCAGGGUGAAAGCUUCCAAAAGGAUACGUCGCUGUUCAUCAAAACACAUCAGCAGUCUCAAUCCUUUGAAGAGAAGACGGCGGUCGAGCAGACACGCUCGCCGCUAUCGCCUCUGGCGCCAAAGCAUGUAGAGCCUGUGGAAGCUCAGGAGGAGCAGCAAAAUGAAGCCAUACCUCAAAUUAAACAGAGGAGCCAGCGUCAGUCGAAAGUGGUGGAUGAGCCACCAAUCGCCACGGACGUCGCCGAAAGUGAGAGUGCUUUGCCGAAAAGCAAACGUCAGUCUGCACUUGCGAGACAAUCAUUGGCACCAUCAAUCAGCGAGCAGGCUCCAGCAGUCCAGGAUGCAUCAUAUGCCAGGAGCCAACGUCAAUCAGCUGCCAUAGACGAAACUUUCUCCGUAGGCGGGGUUUCUGAUGCUGAUUUGUCUAAGCAUAAGCGUCUUUCCCGAUUGGAGGAGAAGCCUGCUGCAUCAGUAGUCAGUCGGAGCGCUUCAGGAGACAUGCACUCGCAGUCCACUCGAAGUCAAAGUCAAUCACGAAUAGCGGAAGGGCCACUCGUGUUUACUGAUAAUACGGUUUCUGACGCUCUUCGGCCAAUCAGUGGAAAUGAGAUUGCAUCCACCGAAAGGUUCAUAUUACCCAUCACCGAAGACGAGACCGACGAUACGAAGGCGUACCUCACAGAGAGUUCCGAUGAAUUGGGCAGAAUUGCCGGAAUCUCCGAAGAAUGUCUGCGAGGUGAUGCAGACCAAGCUCAGGGCAAAGAUGACAGCGGAGCGAGUGUAAUGGCCUCGCGAAGAGCGUCGAAUGUACCACCGCGUUCUCGUCCUGUAUCUAUCGUAAUACCGCAGGAGAUUCAGAAGCAGCAUGAGAAUUGGCAGAAGCGAUUCUCAGCGGCCAUUGAUGAAGAUGAUAACGACGAUGAAGAUAUUAAGUCCGAGUUUGAUCUUGGACAAUAUGGGUCGCCUUACUCGCAGCUGCAUCCUGACGAAGGGGCGGCGGUUGCUGCAUAUGAUUCGCCAUUCGAAGCCACCAUUCCGACCGACGAUGAGCCGCAUGGAAACGAGCCUGAUGCCCUCAAGCAAACUGGUUCUGAAUCCGACGACGCUUCUUACAGCCAGGCGUUCAAUGCUUCACGGAACCUUGAAGAAGACGACCGAUUCGGCGCCCAGUCAGGUCCUUCCCAGGUAUCACAGAGCCUGAAGAUGAUGCCGCCCAAUCAAAGAAAACGGUUCACUGCCGAGUCAACCGAGUCAGACGGAUCACCAACCACUUCAGCAUUGAACAAUCUGAUCAGCGCCUACGGGGAUGAUUCACGGUGGUCCCAAGAUAGCAGCAAGCCGGUGCCAAGGCUUAGUGAAGCCUCGCACUCAUACUCGCCUUCGCAUGGCACCGUCCUAGAAGGGCAGGAAGGAGCAGAGGAGUUCGGCUCGCAGCGUUUCUCACGUCUUGGCACCCCAGCCCCACGUCAACACAUGGCAGUCGUGCAACCCUCUGAAAGUGCAUCGGACACCGGGCGCAUAUCGAUAGCGUUGAACGAUACAGAUGAAGGCCGGGCCUCGAACGCAUCUAAAACCAACAAAAAGACCGGAAUGACUAAAGGCAAUUCAUUUGUUGCCAGCACAGCCACUCUAGGUGACGCUGAAGAGGAACUUGAGAGCAGCGAGAGCGCUGGACCCAAAAAGGGAAUUCUGGAAGCGAUCUCUGGGGCGUUAGGAUUCAGCAGCUCAGCGGCCAGCCCCGAGCACCAUGAUGGAAAGGAAAUCGCUGAACAGGACAUCACAUCACCUACUGGAAUCCUUUCUAGCAGCGCUAACUCCUCUCGAGCUGCAUCCCAAGGUGAUCUUAAACAUCACAAGGCACCACAGACGACGGAAAGCCCAAACAUCGAGGAACCUUUACCGGAAAUCGAGCCGCGAGAAGAAGUGGAACAAGCCGCCGGUGCAGGGAACUCGCAUGUCACCAAACAGCAUGGAGGUCAAGCCACGACAGAUUCACCACGCGCAUUGGCUUCGGUCUCCGAAACGUCUCAAGCAAUAACACGCUCCACGGAAAUCCCAAAACCGAGCCUGAAAAUCACCCUACAUCCACUCUCCAGCUCCUCCUAUCCGUUCACGUUGGAUUUGUCCAAAGGCUCAUAUCGUCUCGGGCGCGGCGUCCCGCGGGAGGGGUUCAAAGCAUUCUCGUCUCAAGUGGUAUCCCGGAACCAUUGUGAUUUCAUCGCUCGGGACGGGCGGAUCUUUGUGCAAGAUUGCGGGAGUAAUAGUGGGACGUUCGUGAACGGCGUGCGUCUGAGCUCCGUUAGUCAGAAGAGCGAGGAGAAGGAGGUUUAUGAAGGGGAUAUCGUGCAGCUGGGGAAGGACUAUGAAGGAUCGGCUUCUGCUACCAUCGCCGAAUCUCGAAGGAGGGCUGUCAAGCUACGAGUGCAUAUAGGGUCACCAGACCUUUCUGCCAGCACGGAGUUCCCGAGUCACUCGAGACAAGAGAGCCAAGCCGCUCAACAUGAGCGCAAUGAGUCCACGGCCACGGCAUUCAACGAAAAGGGCGAUCAAGGGCCAUCGCAGGUGGAAAGGAUCAAUACCGGACAGAAGCCGUCAGAUAGGAGCAGUGCCGCCAUAUCCGUCCCUCCCGCGCUGAACAUUCAAGUUCGGCCCCCGAGCAUCAAAGUGAACACCAACCUCGAAAAAGCGCAGGGUCCGCAGACAUCCGCCGAUCCAUCUCCGCGAACAGCGUACGUCCGCGACGAAACCACAGACGGCAGCGGACCCGCGUUUUUAGCGCCAGGCAACACCGCCGCGCCACCCGUACCCGCCCUGCCGGCCGCUCUCCAACAAGCCACCAAGCCCCGCUCCGCCAAUGACGUAGGCGACCUUGGCGGCGACUGGACGUCGAAGGAUAAUUUAAAUACGCAGAUCACAUCGCAUACGACGUCACUGACUGGACAGGAAGAGCAUCCCGCAGAGGGCAGGGAUACCGCUUCCACCGAGCUUUUGUCGCCAUCGCAGGUGUUCUUUGAGAGCGUGCGGGAAUCAACGACCAAGUUGGCCCCGCUGCCGGCGCUCCCGCGGAGUCGAUACUCGCUGGUCGUGACGGGGACGAAGGAUAAGCCGCGCAAGAUUCAGGUCUUGAAGGCGGACGGGACUGACGCCGUCAAUGUUGGGAUCAAGCUGUGGGAGGCCAAACGCGUGAUAAUGAUACAAGACCGACGCAUCUCCUACGUCGCCCAGAACCCCGGCUUCGAGAUCUUCCCCGACCCAAAACACACCAGCUCGUCACCAGACACACCCACGCCCUACAUCGUCACGACCGCGACUGGAGCAUCGCUGGGCCGUCUCAUACGGCUGAGCAACAUGAAGGUGUACGUCGAAUCCGCGCCGCUGCUACCCUCGCUGCAGUCCUUUUACAAACUCGGCCAGGCGCCCAAUGCUACGUCGCUGCCAAGUCUUAACGAUCAACCGGGGGCACCGGGAUCUGCCGUGGACACGACGUCCUCGUACCCCGGCCCGACCUUCACGCUCGCGGGCGACCUGAAAGAGAACAAAUUCAUUAUGGUGAUGCGGCGACCCAAUUCGCGCGAGCAGAAAGUGGUCGGGGAGGCCUCGGGGAGGCAGACGCAACGAAGGAAUAUGCUGGAGAAUAGGUUCGUGACGUUGGUGGAGAUCGAGGAUGGGAGGUACGGACAGCUGCUGAUGGCUGCACUGGUGUUUGUGGUGUUGACGACGGGGACGUCCGCAGGGGCUGGUGCAUAAAGGGGCGUUCUGACAUCCUUUUCAUUGUGGGGCACUUUCAUUUGUUCAUUUGGACGCUGAGCGUAAACUAAACCGUCAGG